AUGGAUCCCGUCCCGUCGCUACAAUCGAAUCGAGGUGUCGGUGGGGCAGGCCGCUGCAUUUGCCUUCCAUGUUGCUAUGUCCAUGGAGUGCAAAGGGCCAAGUCUCCACCUGCAACGCCUCUAAGCACCUUUCGCACGUGGGGCACCGGGCAAAGCUCGCCCUGGGGUCAUGCCAUGUGGGCCGUGUGGCUUCUGGUGCCGGCGGUGGCUGCGCUUCCAUGCGAGGAGCGCCAGGCCUGGCAGCAGAUCCAGCAGCAGCUGAGGCAGAUGCUGCCGCGCUACUCCGGGCGCUUGAGCUUCGUGCACAUUCAAGAGGACGUUCCGAUGGCAACGGCCCUUCACAAGAACGUAAUGAACCUCUCCGUGCCUCCAGUUCUGCUUCAACCCCAAGUUCCCAUACCCUGGGAGGGCGAAUGGAGCUUCUGCCACUCUGGCCUGCUCAGUGUGAAGCUCUUUCUGGUGAUGUUGGGCAUCACAGGGAAGAGCGCCCACGCGGCGGACCUCUCGGCGGCUUUGGCCGCGGAGGUGCUGAAGGCGCCGUGGCUGGAGAUCCUUGGCAGCGGCUGGCCGGUCUUUCGGCUCUUCGCCACGCUGCACCGCUGGGCCUCCCCCCACAUGGACCCCAAAGGUGCCGAGAUCUCGCCGCACGGGCGCGCGGCCCUGGCCUCCGCCAGCGCCAUGGUCUCCCACUGCGAUGCCGCGGAGGCUGGCGCGGCGCGCCAGGCGCGGCGCGGCUUCGCGGCCGGGGACGGCGACACCGCGGAGGUGGAGGAGGCAUUUGCUCUCCGAGAGAAGAAGAUGGAGAAGGAUUGCUUCUGGACGGUGCAUGUGAACCGUUCCUUGGGCGGCCACUUGGGGGAGCUCGAGGCAUCCCAGGCCUUCGCCUCUUGCGCCGCACGUCCGGACUGCGCCGGUGUGAUGCUCAGCUCGAGCGCCGGGAGCCUGCGCUUGGGGGAGCCCUUGCUGGAGUCGGCGCCUGGACUCGAGGCACACGUCCGCUGGUGUCUGCCCUGGGUGGCCACCGAGGGCACCGAGGGCGGCGCCGGUGCCCUGUGCCCUUUUGCGCCGACCGUGGGGCUUUUGGGCACCGCCUUGCGGAGACUGGGCAAUGGACGCACCAUGGAGAAGUUUGCCCCAGAACUAGUUGCACAAGCCAAUCUUGAGGUGUCUACGUUUUCAGCCCAGUUUGGUGCUGGUGCAGCUGGCAGAGAGGCAUGGUCGACUCAGUGGCCGCUCUGGAAGGUGCUGGGGCAAUUGCAACAGCGCCUGGAUUUGUUGACGGAUCCCAUUGGUGCCUCACCAGGCACGACCGUGUUGCCCGCCUUGCAGCAUGCACUUGGCUUCGAUGACGAGGCGUGGCUGGUGCUGCUGCGGGAGCUGGAAGAGAGCUCAAAGCAGGCGAAGCUUCCAACAUCCCUGCGCGAGAGGGUGAAAUGCAUGUCCGGGAGCAGCUGCGCAGCUGAGUUCUUCGCUAGGCUGCAUUUGAUGCUUUACUCGUCCGACAGUCUUCCACUGCGAGACCAGAUCUUCAUGAAUAAUGAGGACCCGCUCUUGCCAGAGCUCAUGCUGAACAGCAAGAGAAAGGACUUCAAUGAUGUGAAAGAGCUGGAGUACGACUGGAAGGCGAUUGUGGAUGAUGUCAGGAACAAUCGCCACGAGACAGGCGAGACUUCUCGCAUUGAUGCGAUGAAGGCUCUAAUGCCCAUCGACCAUCCCUUGCAGGUCGACCGCAUGCAGCUGGCCAAUUUCAUCCUGGAGGUCAAGGAUGAGAUUGUCGCCUCAGGGCCCAUGACGAGAUGCUUGGAGUGGGACCAGCCCUUUCUGCUUGCCCACGCGUUUGCAGCCCACUGCCGCUGGAUGGAUGUGUACUCCUACUCAGAGCCGCACCCCAGCGAGCCGAGAUUGGGACUGCCGGGUCGGCAAGAAUUCCCUUCGGGCACCAUCCACUACUGGGGAGACAUGGAGGUCCCGGAAAACUUUGGAGUGGAUCCUGGCACCAUGGACCUUAUUCUUUGCCCUUUCGUCUUUGAGCAUGUUUCCCGCCCAUGGGUGGCGAUGAGGACGCUGGCGGACAGCCUGCGGCCUGGUGGCUUCAUCCUUUGGGCGGCUCCGAUGUUUCAGCGUUAUCACGGGUCUCCGCAUGACUACUACCGCUACACCCCGAAUGGGGCAAAAGCCUUGGCAACCCAUGCGGGCCUGGAGGUGGUGAGGCUCUACUCCCCCGGCGAUCUGUCUUUGGUUUCUGGGGUGCUGAUGGGUAUGCUCCUGCCGUACUGGUCCGUGGAUCAAGUGCUGCACGAGAGCGAUCCGGUGGAGAGGGACGAUGCUCCGAGGCAUCCACUGAAUGUGUUUGCCUUGCUGAGAAAGCCGGGAAGCAGACCAGUGAGCCAUUAG